AUGGGGAUGUUGUCUAUUCGAUUGAAGCGAAAUUUUUUGGGCUUAUUGAAAUUUUUAAACAGUAUGAAUUGGUUUAUUAUCUUUUUUAGUUUAAUUAAUUUGUCAAUGUGUAUUUAUGAAGACCAAAUUGGAAAAUUUGAUUGGCGGCAGACGUACGUAGGUCGUAUAAAAUUUUCACAUUUCGAUACAGUAUCAACUGCAAAGAAAAUAAUAGUAGCCACUGAAGAAAAUGUACUAGCUGCCCUUAAUUUGAAGACAGGUCAGGUGGUGUGGCGUCAUGUAUUCGAAAAUGCUAGUCCUGGAGACAUUCAAUUAUUACAUUAUAGUGAUGGCGAAAAGGUGACCACAGUUACAGGAUCCAAUCCAUACCUAGUAAGAGGUUGGGAUCCUGCUACAGGUGUAUUACUAUGGGAGUGGCCAAUAUCUAUCAUAGAUAAUGAGAGAGCACAUUUAUCAGAAUGGUGGGUUCAAAAUGGUAUGCUUGUACACUUGCUACCAGCAUUUGGCUCACAUCUAGAGGUUACUAUGUAUAAUUUGAUGACUGGUGCCAACAGAGGAGUUACAUCAAAGUUACCAGCUGUUUGGACUAAUGAUGGGUGUAUACUAACUCCACCAUACUAUACUUGUAUAUCAGGUAGUAUGGGCAACUACAUGAUUUUAUCAUUAGAUGUUACAUCUAAUGCGGUACAAAUAAUUAGCAAACCACUAUCUAAUUACUUUGGUGAAAAAGAAGUAAUUGAAGGUAAUCUACGCUCACUAGAUGGAAAAAAUGUGCUACCUGGGUUUAUUAUUGACGAUAAAAAAGUAUUAUUGAUUAAGAAUAAUGAAUUUGAGCAAUUAUAUAUAAAGUUAGCAGAAGACAGCACUGUAACACUUGUAGAUGCAAUGAAUGAGCUGACUUUGAUACAAGCUUCAAGCGACGAACACAAGGGCUUUGCAUUGUCAGCAUACAAUAUAGCAACUGGCAAGGAGAUAAUGGAUCUACGUAUAACUGAACCAUCACUUCAUAUUCCUGAACCCGAAAUACUAGAAAUAGUUUGUAUAAAUACAGCAAGGGAACAGCCGGCUUGCAGGAUACUUAUAAAUGGAGCUGAUGAUGCACUACAUCUUAUGCAGCAAGGAGGCCGCAUAAUUUGGUCCCGGGAGGAAGCACUGGCUAACAUAGUGGCUGUUGAAUUUGUUGAUCUACCCGUAUCAGAAACCGAUGCUGCACUGGAGUCGGAAUUUGAUCAAAAAGAAGGUUCAGUAUGGGCAGCAUUCGUUCGUCGUCUAUACACGCAGUACCAGCAGUUGCAAACGCUGCUACAGAACUGGCAAGGCGAAGGCUUAGAGGCGGAUUCCCCGACGGCACUUGUUAGAGAUUACUUCAACUUGCAUAAGAUUAUUGUUCUCAUUACUGAUGUUGGAAAGAUAUACGGCAUGGACAAUCUAUCUGGUGAAAUACUCUGGCAUCGUUACGAUGGUAACCUAAACACGGAAUCCGUAGUGAUGUUUACGCGACGUACGGCGAGGCAUCCACCGCAUGACGCGUACAUCACUAUUAUUGGAAAACAUGAGGAAACAGGCAAUGGUUAUAUAAUUAGCCUAAACCCGAUCCGCGGUACAUUAGUGGGCGAAAGGGCGUUACAACUCGACGUGAGGUUGCAGCAAGUUGCCUUACUUCACGUCGCUGACUCGGAGAAACUUUACGCUCUUGUAUUGUUGGAUGAAGAUGAAACUGUACAGGUGUUCCCAGUCUCUGCAGCGCCGUUAGUUCGAGAUCUCUACAUGUACGUCGCUGACAGAGAUACAGGCAAAAUGCAGGGAUACACACUCAGAUAUAAUGGCAAGCAAGUUAUAGCCCAACGUACGUGGUCGUUGAACUUGGGCGGGACUGGUGCACGCAUAGUAACGAUCGCGGGCAAGAGUCGCAACGAACGCGUGCACUCGGCGGGCAAACCUUUGGCUGAUCGGAGUGUAUUGUAUAAGUACUCCAACCCUAAUCUAGUGCUUGUACUGUUGGAGAGGCCUGAUCCGAUACAUAAAGAUGUAGUAACAGCGGUAGCUGUAGAUGGGGCAUGUGGCGCAGUAGUAGCGGCGUCUACGCACCGACGGGCGCGUGCGUUGCCUCUCGCCGUACACGCGGACAACACGAUCGCUUAUUUAUAUAGAAGCGAUAAACAUCGACGAUUGGAGAUUGCGACAAUGGAAUUAUAUGAAGGCAAAGAGCGUUGGCUAUCAGCGGGCACGCAAUUUAGUUCGUUUGCCUGCGCGCGCGCACCGAGCGUAGAAAGACAAGCGUAUAUCUUACCAGGCGCCCUCACUGCGUUGGCUUUUACAACUACGGAACGAGCUAUUACGGAUACGCAUCUAUUACUCGCCCUGUCGACGGGAAAAAUACUGGAGCUUCCCUGGUCGUUUGUGGAGCCCCGUCGACCUCUAUCCCCUACUGGAGAGCAUCGGGAAGAGGGAUUGAUCCCCUAUGCACCCGAAGUGCCCCUGCCCUCUGAAGCCUCAUUGAACUAUAACCAGACAACUCACCGAGUCAGAGCUAUAUACGCAGCCCCAUCGGGGUUGGAGUCUACCAGUUUGGUGCUUGCAACUGGAUUAGAUAUAUUCUACACACGAGUGGCCCCUUCGAAGACAUUCGAUCUCCUCAAGGACGACUUUGACUAUCACCUAAUAACAAUAGUGUUGGGUGCGCUCAUAGUAGCAUCGUACAGUACUAAAUAUUUCGCCUCUAGGAAAAUGCUUAAACAGGCGUGGAAGUGA